CCACGUCAGGCCUCAGAUAACUGCAGAUCGCUGACAGAACCGUCCUUUGCUGCCUCGCUGUGACCCCGAGUGAAAUCCAGCCCCAGGAACAGCUGUGGGUUAUUUACACAGAUCUGGGAGGGGCCGCCUGCUCCAGUAAGUCCAGUAAUGCUUGUCAGCGCGCGGUUGUUGGCGGGCGUCCUUCCCUACGUGGUGCUCGGCUCUGCGUGUGUUCUGAGGAGGCAGAAGGAACUCGGCUGCAGCGAAACGUCAAACAGAGCUGUGAACUGGUGAGACGCCUCUCCAUGAAAUCCCUUCACCUGCUUCCAGACCUCACCUGGCUCGUACCUGGAGUCACGUCCAUCCUUCACGGACAUUGGCAAGAGAUUCUGCGCUGUCAAACCAUCAGUUAUGGCGUUUACCGUCGUGCCUCCUCAGACAAACCCUGAAACAGUCACAGAACCGACGCUGACCGAUGUGGACGAGGACGACGCCUCCUCUGAUGUGGUUCUGGGAGUUGUCAUCACCGCCAUUGUCUUGCUGCUGAUUGUCCUGAUCAUCGUCCUGAUUGGCUACAUGUACAGACAUAAGGGCACGUACCGCACCAACGAGGGCAAAGGCAUCGAACUGGCCCUGAGCGAGGAUGCGGCGCUGCAUGGCGACCGCGCCCUGAGGGACACCGUGGAUGACAGCAGGAAGGAGUACUUCAUCUGAGCGCGUCAUGACGAUCAUGUAUCACGUGAGAUAUUGAUGAACUGUGCCGCAGAAAAAUGACAUAUACUUCCCAACCUUCAAAUUAGCUGACUGGCCCCGGCCGUGAUGCGGCGCUCACAUGUGGCAGUUUACUUUUAUGUUUUUAACAGCACAAGUUUAAAAAUGGGCGAAUGUUUCCUGAUGAGUGCAGAAUCCAACAAUGGACUUGUUUUCCUGACAGCUCGGAGCUAACGAUCCAAGCUAGCUCAGAGAAGUGGUGUCGCGACUGAGCUAGGCUAGCUUGCUAGCACAGCUGUUCAUCAGAUAAGUUCAACUACGUGAAGUAAACAUACGUGUCCGAAAUGUUGUCUAACUACAAAGUGGAAUCUCUGCCGACCAGUUUUUGUGAAAGUUUAUAUUUUGAGGCGAUGCUCCUAGCGAACGGUAAGUGCUGCCGCUGUGGGCGUUGUUUGUUGCUGCGUCUGAAACGCUGCGUUAGCAGAAAUGAAUGUAAGUUUUGAGCGCCACAUGUUUGAUGCACAAAAAGCAAAAAACAAAAAAAAGGUACUGAGGUGUUGAACAAAUAUAUUGCAUUAAAACAAUGAUGAGAAAUUUGAGCUUCAGUUGGUCUGACGGCACUCAGGAGACUCGAGCCAAGAUUUGAUUCUUGAUGAAGCUGUGUCACUGUUGAGGCUUCAGACACAUGUUGCUCUGUGCUCAGUGUCUCUAAUCACAGCCACAGCAGCCCGUCACUCCUGCAGAGUUGUCUGGGUGUCUUGGUGACACACGGCAUUUUUUAAUGCAUGAUGGCGAUGACGUCUAAGAAAAUGUUCAUGUGUUCAUCUGACUUAUCUAAAGGAAACAGAUCAAAAAACAAAAUAUUUGUUUUGAAAUGAAUAAUUAUGUCUCGUUUGUCCAAUUACAUAUGAUCUCUGAAAAUGGAGAGAGCGGGAGUGUGAAAAAAAUGCUUACUUUGAUCAUUUUGAAAUAAAGCUGAAGGAACAUCUACAUGGUUCCAUCUGAUCUCUG